GAGAGGUUCGUGAGAGAGAAGCGCGUCUUCUUUGCUCAGUUUGGAUUUAUGAUUUUUGAAGACCAUGAGUGCGGAUUUUGUUGACUGCAGCUAUUUUUCACUUGAAUGAACACGCAGUAUUUGAAAGCGUGCUCUCGGAGGCGUUUUGAUUGUUCGCCAACUUGUAACAGGAUUUAUUUUUGAAAGCCCAGUUGCGCUUGCAUGUCCGGAGAAUCUUUGAUUUUAAGAACAAAUUCUGCGGAAUUGGUCUUCAGUCGAGAAGGUCCUAAGGACAAAAUGCCCCAAACGCCACCGUUGACAGGAAUGUUUGGGUCCAGUGGCUACAACAAGAACUUCUUCCAGACAGAGGAGGAGGAAUACGGAGGCCUGUAUUACCACGACAGCAACCUGGCGUCUGGGUCUCUGGAGGCUCUCAUUCAACACUUGGUGCCCACCGUCGCCUACUACCCAGAUAGGACGUAUAUCUUCACGUUCCUGCUCAGUUCCCGCCUCUUCAUUCACCCCUAUGAGCUCAUGUCCAAAGUGUGCCAUUUGUGUAUGGACCACCAGAGACUGAGUGACCCUCAGGCCGACAAGGUGCGAGUCAGAAAAAUCGCCCCCAAGAUCUUGCAGCUGCUGACAGAGUGGACCGAGACGUUUCCCUACGACUUCCGGGACGAGAGGGUGAUGAGGAGUCUGAAGGAGCUCACACAUCGCCUCAGCACGGGAGACGAGCUCUAUCGGAAAACGGCGCAGCAGAUGACGCAGGCGCUGAUCCGUAAGCUCACCGCGCUUGGCCAGUACGAAGAGGCCCUGGCGAAGAUCAGCUCCACCGUGACGGACCGGCUGACAGUUCUGAAGAACAAGCCCCAGUCUAUCCAGAGAGACGUUCUGACCGUCUGCAGUGACCCGUUCACGCUGGCCCAGCAACUCACACACAUUGAACUGGAGCGACUCAGUUACAUAGGACCCGAGGAAUUUGUCCAGGCAUUUCUUCAGAAAGACCAUCUUGACAACGAAAAGACCUGUUUCAGCAAUCACAAGAAAGCCAGCAACCUGGAGGCAUAUGUGGAGUGGUUCAACCGGCUCAGUUACCUGGUGGCCUCUGAGAUCUGCAUCCCGGCGAAGAAGAAGCACCGAGCGCGGGUCAUCGAGUUCUUCAUCGACGUGGCGCGAGAGUGUUUCAACAUCGGCAACUUCAACUCCCUUAUGGCCAUUAUCUCUGGCAUGAACAUGAGUCCUGUGUCGCGGCUAAAGAAGACCUGGGGCAAAGUCAAAACAGCCAAGUUUGACAUUCUGGAGCACCAGAUGGACCCUUCCAGCAACUUCUACAACUAUAGAACAGCGCUGCGUGGAGCCACCCAGAGAUCCAUCACCGCUCACAGCAGCAGAGAAAAGAUCGUCAUUCCAUUCUUCAGCCUCUUUAUCAAGGACAUUUACUUCCUGAAUGAAGGAUGUGCCAACCGGCUCCCAAAUGGACAUGUCAAUUUUGAGAAAUUCUGGGAGUUGGCCAAGCAGGUGAGCGAGUUCAUGACCUGGAAGAAGGUGGAGUGCCCCUUCGAGAGGGACCGCAAGAUCCUGCAGUACCUCCUUACGGCGCCCGUCUUCACUGACGAUGCUUUGUACCUGGCAUCUUAUGAAAGCGAGGGACCAGAGAACAACAUGGAGAAGGACAGAUGGAAGUCUCUCAGGUCGUCGUUGCUGAACAGGACGUAGUUCCUCCCUGUGUUGGAGGACCGGCCGUGUCUCCUUUACGUCUCCCCGUAAAGUGAGAAGUAUCCCCGUUUUUGAAGGGAAAUCUCCUCCAUGCUGGAAGAGAUUUUGUCUCUGUUCUCGUGCAGCUCCAACUACAUCUCCUUUCUACAGGAAAAGAACCUUUUUAUGUUGUUCAUACUGGAUAAUUCAGAUAAGCUUUCUUUUCCCUUUUUGUAAAGACUUUGUAACGUUUAUAUUCCUUUAAAAAAAAGACUUCUCGGAGAGAAACAGUUUGCCGUUGUUGAAAUUCCGUGGCUGUAACCAGCGAUGCGUUUUACGAUGUCUCUUGAGGGAUACAAAUAGUUGGUGCAAAUAGUCUCCUGACAUAUUUAAACCCUUUGUUUUGUUUUCUAAUUUUCAUAAACAUGAGUUUGCUGCUGGUUGGCAAACUGUAUGAACGGGUCAAAAAAUUUAAUAAUUAAAAAAAAACAGCAUAGUGAGUACUGGCUACCAGUAAUGCAUACACAUAAAGGACCUACAGCAUUAAUUUAACUAUGGAUUUAUUUUGUUUGUAUUGUUCAGCUGGAUUUGUUGUUUUUAUACAUAUGUAUUACAUUUGUAUUAAAUUCGUAUUACAUUUGCCUAUUGUUCUUAACCUUCAGGGCUCUUAGCAUAUUCAUAUGGACUGUUGAAAGAGAGAUACAGUCCUUGUUAUAUACCCAAUAUAUCAGAUAUACUGUUUUCCCCUCUGGGAAAUACAUAGUGUGGAAAUGAGGAUGACCUGCCCAUCUUUUUACUGUUAGUUCUCUAACGUUGUUAUGUUGCCCCCUAGUGGUUCAGAUGAGAAUUACUAAAAAAGGUUUUGAGUUGACGAUGUAGUAGUGGACUACUAGUUCAAGUGGAUCAUAGCAUGGUAUAGGAUUACAGUUUUCAAGUCAAGAAUCACUUAUUAUUGUGAUGGUUGUUGUUAUUGUUGUUGUUUAUUUUCCCCCUAAACUUGUGAUGUUAUUUUCUUUUAAAUAUUUGGUGAUAUUUACACGUUUUUUACAUUUUGCCCUGUAUUAUUUUGUACUAGGUACAUAACAUGGAUUAUAGUUACUCAUAUUUUAUAUUUAUAAAACUUUUUAUGAGACAGACUAAUAUUUGGGGUACUAGAUCACAAUAUGGCAUUAAUUAAGAAUAUCAACUUGUGUCUAGUUUACCCUUUAAUAUCCUUUGCUUAAGAAAUUGUUUCACAGAAGCUUACUGUGGUUUACCCUGUAAAUGUUUUACUGCCUUAUGUAGAUCAUGUAUUUUGAUGGUUCCAUUUAAUUAGAGCCUUUGACAUAGCUGUUAUAGGACAGAAAAUGUUUCAUUAAAAGAACAUUUAAGUAAAAAUUCA